CGGUCUGCGAGUGUGUUGGUGUGGGGUAAAAUUUGCUCGAUUCGUUUGAAUUGUUUCUUCGUCUUUUCGUUUUUCUCGGCAAGCAGAGGUUUGUGCAAUUUUCAGCACUUUUCCGUGCCACUUUCGGGACUCUAUUUCCACCCAUGAAAGUGGAAAAUUUCAUAUUUUUAUACAUACAUACGAAAAAAUGCUAUGUAUAACACCACACCAACGCACACGCACACCAUUGCAGAGCGCUCGGCGGCCAUUCGCGCACACAUACACUCGCACGCGCACAUACGUACGGCCAACUCAUGCACUCACACACGGCAGCAGAUUGCGGUGCAAAAUACAAAAAUCGUGCGAAAUUUGUAAAAUUGCGUAGUAGAAAUCUUGGUUAAUUUCGCUCGCCUUUAACCCGGCCCGCAUUGGAAAGUGUUUAAAGUGUACCCGGCGUGACCUGUGCAUUCGUGAAUUAAAAGUUACGUGUGAACGUCGUGGCUUUUGUUUAAUUGUUUUGAAGGAAAAGAACUUUGGCUACGUUGAAACCAACCUAAGAUACAUAAAAAACCACAAAAAAAGAAAAAUACCAGCAACAGUGUAAAAAUUUAAUAAGUGCUCCCCCAAAACAAGCAACCAACCGAACACAAGUUAAUUUCUUUGCACCCCGUGUUAAUAAAAAAGCGUCAAGAUUACGUCAAUUAUUGAGAACCUACCCGGCGCCAUAGCUCACAACCACAAUCAAAACAACAUCAUGGAGGAAGACGAGAGGGGCAAACUUUUUGUGGGCGGUCUGUCCUGGGAGACGACGCAGGAGAACCUGUCGCGCUACUUCUGCCGCUUCGGGGACAUCAUUGACUGCGUGGUGAUGAAGAACAACGAGAGCGGCAGGUCGCGCGGCUUUGGCUUCGUAACCUUCGCCGAUCCCACCAACGUCAACCACGUGCUCCAGAACGGACCGCACACGCUCGACGGCCGCACCAUCGACCCCAAGCCGUGCAAUCCGCGCACGCUGCAGAAACCCAAAAAGGGCGGCGGCUACAAGGUCUUCCUGGGCGGUCUGCCUUCGAACGUCACCGAAACCGAUCUGCGUACCUUCUUUGGACGCUACGGCAAGGUCACCGAGGUGGUUAUCAUGUACGACCAGGAAAAGAAAAAGUCGCGCGGCUUCGGUUUCCUCUCCUUCGAGGAGGAGUCCUCCGUCGAGCACGUGACCAACGAGCGGUACAUCAAUCUGAAUGGCAAGCAGGUCGAGAUCAAGAAGGCCGAGCCUCGUGAUGGAUCUGGCGGCCAAAACUCCAACAACAGUACCGUGGGAGGCGCCUACGGCAAGCUUGGUAACGAGUGCAGCCACUGGGGACCGCACCACGCUCCCAUUAACAUGAUGCAGGGCCAGAAUGGCCAGAUGGGUGGACCUCCGCUGAAUAUGCCCAUUGGCGCGCCGAAUAUGAUGCCUGGCUAUCAGGGUUGGGGCACCUCGCCGCAGCAGCAACAAUACGGCUACGGCAACAGUGGCCCAGGAUCGUACCAGGGAUGGGGAGCUCCACCAGGACCCCAGGGACCACCACCGCAGUGGUCGAACUACGCUGGACCGCAGCAGACGCAGGGCUACGGCGGAUACGACAUGUACAACUCGACGUCGACCGGAGCUCCUUCGGGACCAUCGGGCGGCGGCAGCUGGAACUCGUGGAACAUGCCACCCAACUCUGCUGGACCCACUGGGGCACCAGGAGCUGGAGCGGGCACCGCCACGGACAUGUACUCGCGUGCUCAAGCUUGGGCGACGGGCGGUCCCUCGACCACCGGACCAGUGGGCGGCAUGCCGCGCACCGGACCCGGCAAUUCGGCCUCCAAGUCCGGCUCUGAGUACGACUACGGCGGCUAUGGAUCCGGCUACGACUACGACUACAGCAACUACGUGAAGCAGGAGGGCGCCUCGAACUACGGAGCUGGGCCGCGAUCAGCGUACGGCAAUGACAGCUCCACGCAGCCACCCUAUGCAACCUCGCAGGCUGUCUAAAGAGAGAAGGAUCGUGUGGAGGAAAAGGAGGAGUAGGAGUAGCAGAACGGAGCGGAGUAGCAUGUCGUCCUCGGCGAAUGAUGAAGAAGACAGAAAAGAUGGUGGUAAUUGUAAGCUAAAGCGUCGUCUGUUCGUUUUUAUUUCAGAUCAGAUCAGUUGUUGAAAUUAAUAUUUAAAACUCUUGUACAACUAUUAUUUAAAGCGAAACAAAUUUAACAUGAGAAUACCUAGCGACAAGUCAGAUUCAUAGAUAUACAUGUAUGUUUUAUAGCAGCGAGUAUGUAAUUCAUAGGCGAAACAUCAGCACUCUCACACAUUUAGACAAGAGAACAUUAUUUCUUUCAUGCGCCUCAUAAACACCACACUCAAAAAGCAUUCUCCUGUACCCCACACUCACCAACAACCAACCAACCAGAAUCAACUAACAACAAGAAUUUCCCAACCAACUAAACCCGUAGACACUUAUGAUACAUGGCAUUAACAAGAAACAAAAUAGAAAUGUGAAGAUUUAAACGUAAUGAUUUACAAGUAUAAAGUUUAGCUAAUUAGACACAAGAAGAUCAAGAAUAGAGUGCGAAAUACCAACACAAAGAAAAUAAGAACUUAUAAUUUUAUUUAAAGAGUAAACAAGUAAAGAUCCCCUUAAUUACUAAAAUUAGUAAAUACAAAUUCGAAAUUGUACAUUUUAAAGCAAAAGCACGUCGGUCGCCGAUCGGCUUCGCCACCACCCGCUUUCUGAAUCAGGCGACAAGGUUUAGUAAGGGUUUGAAACGGAAUCGAAUUUGAAAAGGGAUGAGAUAUCUCAAUAUGGUCGAUUUUGAGAACUUUGCUUGCCUUAGCUUUUAUGACUCAUUGACCGGCCGUGCGGUUCACAGAUAAGAAGGUUAGUUAGUUUUGUUUUUUCAGACAAUGGUUGAACCUAAUCGGCAAGUGUUUCUUUUUUGUUUAAUCGGCAAUAGGUCAUUAGAUGGGAGGGUGUGGUGGCGAAAUAGGGCGGCACUGACUUGGGAAAGAUACGUUACAAAAUUAAAAAUUUACCAUUUAAAGUAAACAAAACAAAAACUAGCUAAAAGUUAAACUACAUAUAUAAAGAAACCUAAUUAAUAAGCGUACGUGGUCGUUUACAUCUAAGCGAAAGUUGAACUUGAAACUAGAAUUAUAUAGUGCGUUGGAUUUAUUAUUUAGUUAAAGCAAAGUGGAGAAGCCAAGCAGCAGCAGCAUGAUAAUGAUUGAUUAUAAUGGAUAUGGAAACCAACAAAACACACUCUUAACCAAUAUACAUAAAAACUAUAUACAUACAUACUUAUAUACUCGUUUUAUAUAUAUAUAUAUAUAUACAUAUAUAUAUAUAUAAAACGAGUAUAUAUAUAAAGACGGAAACAAAAAAGGAAAAAAGAGUAAAAAAAGAGCAAAAGGAAACGUAAAUUUAAAGCUACAGUUAAUGAGUACAGAGUUAAAAACAAGGGAGGCAGGCAGAGAGAAUAGGACAAGUUAAACAAGUUACAAAAUACGAUGCUUAGAGUUGCGUUGCACAUUUUUUUCAAAUUUUCAUCGUUUGCCAAGCAGACAACAACAUCAGCAGAAACAACUACCAACGACAACAACCAGCUAAAAGUGUGCACUACUGCAAAAACAUCAGUCAACAGCAAGAACAACACCAUCAACACGCACACCCACUCACACUUAACCCCAUUUAGUACCAACAACAAGAACAGCAGAGAAGAGAGGAGGAGGGUAAAGGAAGAGAUUGAGUAAAGGAAAAUAGAAGAGAAGAAAAGGAAAGGAAGAAAAGAGAAGAACUUUAAUUGAUUAUGAACAUAACAUAUAUAUAUCUUUAAUUACUUAUACAUAUUUACUCUUAACUACUCUGCACGCUCACUAAACAAGCGUGCAUUGUGUGUAAACAAGAUGAAAGUAAACUAUUUUAAUGAUGAUUAUAUGAUUGCGAUUUUACAAUUUAUUAUUACAAAAAGAAUGAUGAAAAACAACAAAAAACAAAAUGAGAAACAUACAUAUUAUAUGCUAAUACAUUUACCAUACACAUAUAUUAUAAAAUAUGAAGUAAUUUUUUCUAUUAAAGUACCAUACACUAA